UAGCGGCCCUCGGGGAACUAGCCAAUAGCAGCGGAUAGAACGGCUUGGGAUACUGCCCCCUUUUCUCCCCGAGCUCUCCGGGCUGUACCGGCUGCCCGGCAACUGAUGGCUUAUAAGGGCAGGAGAUCCAUAGGGGCAUUCCAGCGGAGGAAGGCCAGCCCUAAGCUUGAACUCAGUGCAGCCCACAAGCGGCAGAUGCGGGAGGCCUUUGACCUGCUGGAUUCCGAUGGCACCGGCACCAUUGAUGUGAAAGACCUGAAGGUGGCCAUACGGGCCCUGGGCUUUGAACCCACAAGGGACGAGAUCAGGAAAAUUGUGUUUGACGUGGAUAAAGAAAGCACGGGGAAAAUUGGCUUCGAUGCCUUUUACUCGGUGAUGACUAAGAAAAUGUCAGAAACAGAUCCCAAAGAGGAGAUCAUAAAAGCCUUCAAGCUGUUUGAGGACCAGGAAAGUGGCAAAAUCUCCUUCAAAAACCUCAAGCGCAUCGCCAAUGAGAUUGGAGAGCAGCUGACGGAUGAGGAGCUCCAGGAAAUGAUUGAUGAAGCUGAUCUAGAUGGAGAUGGGGAAGUGAACGAGCAGGAGUUUGUGAUGAUCAUGAAGAGGCACGGCCACUAGCUGGAUUUCCCGUUCUCUCCCGCACCCUGGCUUUCCCAAGCUCUGGCUCGCAGCUGUAAAUGGUGCCGGGAAACUCAUUGUUUUCUUCCAGCCAACAAAUGAUGAAGACACAGGCAGGGCCUCUGUUGGAUUUCAAGGCUGUUACAGAUGCAUGUCAGGUGGGGGGGCGGGGAGGCCAGCUGCCGUUUUUAGCUCUUUAUUCCUAGCAUGUAAUUCCACUACAGGAACAUUAAAAGGGCCUCACAUGA